GACACAUUGCACGAGAGGCGCAUCGAUUGCAUCAUUUAUGACUUAUUUGUGCAGCAUUUCUUAACCCUUCAACGUGGGAUUUUGCAGCAUGGCAGGAGUUGCACUGUGCAUUGUUUUGGCCUUAUUUUGCACAGUUCAGUGCACAACUACAAGAUAUUUCACCUACGAAGAGGACGCACCAGGGACAGAGAUAGGAAACCUGUCCCAGGAUUUAAAGAUUGAUCCGGCUGACGACCCUGACACUUCUUUCCGCUUCAUGCAAGAAAACAACUCCUCUCUGAUUCAAAUGAGGGAGAGUGACGGACUUCUGAGUGUUGCAGAAAUCAUCGAUCGAGAGCAGCUCUGCCCCAGGUCUCCGCGCUGCUUCAUCACCUUCGACAUCGUGGCCUUCUCCAAAGAAAAGUUCCAACUCAUCCACGUGGAGAUCGAGGUGAAAGACAUCAAUGAUCACUCCCCUCGCUUCACGCGUAACCAGACAGAGCUGGAGAUUUUGGAGAACGUCCCUGUUGGAUCAAGGUUCCCUCUGCAGAUAGCUCUGGACCAAGAUGUGGGUGAAAACUACAUUCAGAGCUACAAUAUCUCCCCCAGCACUCAUUUUGCUAUAGAAGCGCGCGAUCGAGAGGAUGGAGUGAAGUUUGCUGAGCUCGUGCUUGUGCGCGAGCUGGACAGGGAGGUGGAGGACUCCUAUACGAUCGAAGUUACUGCAACUGACGGAGGAGUGCUUGCAAAGUCCGGGUCAAUGCUUGUUUACAUCAAAGUGCUGGACUUUAAUGACAACAGCCCCACGUUUGAGCACAGCUCCUUCAAAGUGGAGCUGAAUGAAGACUCCCCGGUGGGUCACAGAGUUCUUAAAGUGCACGCGUUUGACCCGGAUGCAGGUGAAAACGGUGAGGUCAUUUACGCAUUUGCUGACGGUGUGAAUCAAGAAGUUACACGUGUUUUCCAUGUCGACCCUUACUCCGGGGACGUGACCUUGAAGGCUCUUGUUGAUUUUGAGAAAAGGAGAUCAUACGAGCUGAGCAUCAAAGCGUCUGAUUUGGGCGCCAAUUCCGUGCCAUCCAGCUGCAAAGUGGUGAUAGAUAUCGUGGAUGUGAACGACAACGCGCCUGAAAUCACCAUCAAACCCAUGACCUCCAGCAGUGAUGGGGUCGCCUACAUCACAGAGGCUGCAGCUGCGGACAGUUUUGUGGCUCUGAUCAGCACCUCGGACCGAGACUCUGGCUCCAAUGGGUACGUGCGCGUCAGCCUGCUCGGGCACGAGCAUUUCACCCUGCAACAAGCAUAUGGAGACUCUUUUAUGAUCAUCACCAGCACUACUUUAGACAGAGAGAAGAUCCCUGAGUACAACCUGACUGUGGUGGCUGAAGAUGUGGGCACCCCGCCCUUUAAAACUGUCAGACAGUACACCAUCCGGGUAACAGAUGAGAAUGACAACCCUCCUCUCUUCAGUAAGUCUUUUUAUGAAGUUUCAGUGCUAGAGAAUAACAUCCCAGGCUCUUAUGUUACCACUGUUGUUGCACGUGAUCCAGAUGUGGGGAAGAAUGCCAAAGUUUCUUAUAAGCUUAUAGACUCUGAGGUGCAAGGAGGAUCCAUGCUGUCCACUUAUGUGUCAGUGGACUCCCUCUCUGGGUCUCUUUACACUUUAAGGUCUUUUGAUUAUGAGACUCUUCAGCAGAUCGAGCUGGUCAUCCAAGCUGAAGACCGUGGCUCCCCACCUCUUUCCAGCACAUCAACAAUCAGGAUCAAAGUGGUAGAUCUGAAUGACAACUUCCCAUACUUCACCUUCCCCGUCCUUGUCAACGACUCUGCUGACAUCCCCCUUCCUUUCAACGCACCUGCGGGCUUCCUGGCCUUGAGAGUCUCAGCAGAGGACGAAGACGAGGGAGUGAACGGCGAGCUCUCCUACCAGAUCAUCCAAGGUGACCCGAAGCUUUUCACAAUGAACAAAGACACGGGAGAAAUUGCUCUAAAACAAUGGCUGACAGCUGAAAUUGGAGACGUGCUGGAAAUGAAAAUCGCCGUGAGUGACAAUGCCAGGUCCCCGCUUUCUACAAGCGCCACUAUUCGGUUUGUCGUCUCAGACACAGAGCCCUCCGAAGACCAAGUCGUCAUUGUGCUGAGGUCAAGCGACGAGGAGGGCCUCGGCUUGGAUGGCUCGCUAAUUGUUAUUAUUAUGCUCAGCGGGGGGUGUGCAUUGUUGCUGAUCGCCAUAGUGGCUGUUGUUGUCACAUGCAAACUCAGCCGGGGAGGAAGAAACCCAAGCUCCAAGAGCGAAGUGUGCCACAGCCUGUUCGACAGAAGGCCCUUACCCAUGCUGGGCCUGACUGAGCCCAACAUUUACACCGGCCAGAGAGGCUUCUUCCAUGAAAGAACCACCUCCUCUUUGGAUGAAUCCUGCAUGUACGAGGAGAGGAGCGGGGACUCCGAGACAAAGAUGUUCCUGCCCUCCAAGCAUUUCCAGGCGGCAUCUGUGUGGCAAGGUGACAAAUACUGCUUGCAAGUGAGCAGCAUUGGCAACACGGACCAGCUGAGCGUGAAGGACAGCGGCAAAGGGGAUAGUGACUUUAAUGACAGCGACUCUGAUAUCAGCGGAGACGGAGGCAGGAAGAACUUCAGCACCUUCCAGCCAAGGCUAAAAAGUUUAUCCAGCGCGUCUAAUAGCUUAUCUGGGGAUUGCCAAGGCACCUACUGUGCAGUGCAGCCACAGAGCUUCAGAGCCCCCAGAGACAAUGCAUACACAAUUGGCUUCUCCCCAGUGCCUGUCUUCAACAAUCCUCAUGGCUAUCCCCUCUCCUGGAAGGACUCCGGCUACGGCACAAAUCGCCCAAAAUCAAGGAGCAGCAUGCAGAGCUUCUCCAGGACGGGGACCCUUCCUUCGUACUUCUCUCCUCAGCAGCAGAGGCAGCAGCACUUUGAGGCUGCUGUCGGGGGACCUGAGGUCCAGAGGGAGAGCCCAAGCUUUGUAACGGUUGCUACUGCACUAGAGGUUGCAACUAUCUUUUAAAAACUGUAUAUAUGAUGUAGCUGAAGAUGUAAAUAUUUGAAAUUAACCUCCUGAGACCCCAGCUUUUGUUUGGAAUUUUUUUAAGUUUUAUUUGGGUUCAGUAGGACCUUGUAAGUUAAAAGCAAAGUCUAUGAAUAGACAUUAGUUUUGACCAAAAAUUAUGUCCACAGCAGUGUUAAUUUCGUCGACUACAACUAAGACUAACACUAUUUGUCGACACCCUUUUUUCCAUGACAAAAACUAGACUAAAACUAACAAAAACUAAGUUUAGUUUUUGUCAAGAUGACUAGACUAAAACUAGACUAAAAUGUAAUUCAGUUGUCACUGGACAUUUAAAAUCUGUGAUAUUUCUCUACUGUGGGUAAAUUUGUCAAAAUGCAAUGCAUUUGUAGCUCUUCUUCCUCUAAGCUGUAGAAAACAGGGGCCCCAGGUUAGACAGGGUGCAGAGAACACACUACCUUGAUUUGGUACCAGAUUUAAGCAAGAGAAUAAAUGCUUGGACUAAAAGUAAAGACUAAAAUGUGAGGACAUUUUAUGGACUAAAACAUUUUAGUCUACUAAAAUGUUUCGUCGACUAAAACUAGACCAAAAUUAAAAAGAGUAGAAAUGACUAAAAUAUGACUAAAACUAAAAUUAAAAAUAGUUGCCAGAAAUAAUGCUGGUCCACAGAUGUCCCAAUCAUGGACAAUUCUAACCAAAAGUUCUGCAUUUCUUGGACGUUUUCUCUUCCCCUUAAAUACCUAGAGAAAUUAACUGAAACUUUUUUUAAAAUUCAUAACCAUGUUUUUAAAAGUAUUUCAAAAAAGUACCCCAAAAUUUCUGCAAUCAUUCCCCCAAAUGUUUUGGUGAAACUUCUGUCGUAACGCCUAAUUAUUCUAAUCAAACUUUUCAGCCACUUAACAGGCCUUUUUGCAAAUUCCUGCAUGUUUCUUUACUUUUUUGCCCCCUUCAACCCAUUUUUUGCCACUCUAUAACCAGUUUUUAUACUUUUUGCCCCUUUCAUCCAGUUUUUGCCACCUUUAUUCCAGUUUACACAACUUAAUUCAGCUAUGUUUGCAACAUUUUUGCCACCUUCAACCCAUUUUUUGCCACUCUAUAACCAGUUUUUUAUACUUUUGCUACCUUUAUCCAGUUUUUGCCAUCUUUUACCACUUUUCACGACUAAAUUCAGCUAUGUUUGCAACAUUUUUGCCCCCUUGCCACUCUAUAACCAGUUUUUUAUACUUUUCCUCCUUUUUUGCUUCUUUUAGCAAAUUCAUGCCACUCCUAACCCAUUUAUAACCACUUCAGCUGGCCAUUUUGCAAAAUUCUCCCCCAAAAUGAAUCCAGUUUCUUGAAAAAAGUACAAGAAAAUCACCCCUAAAAUUUAUUACAAUAUCUCUAAAAUGUACAAAUAUAUUCCCCAAAAUUCCAAAAGUAUGUAAACUUAUCUCCCAAAUUUCAGUGAAAAUACUUGAAAAUUUGUAAGCAGACUUCCCCUGAUAUCCAAACAUAGUCACUCAAGUUUCUGGUGUAAGUGUGUGAAAAAUUCACAUGAAAUUCUCCUAACAUUUCAAACAAACUACCUGAACUUCAGUGGGCAUUCCAGACUAUCUAGGAAAUAUUAUUAUGUAAAAUGUUUUGUCCUAAUAUGUUCAUACAGGGUCUCAGGAGGAUAACAAGUGUACAUAUUAUUAUAAAAUCUGUUUUUUCAUGUCCUUUUAUGUGAUUUACCUGUCCUCCAUGAUGCACACAAGUGACUCUUUUCCAAUAAAAGUGCUUUGAAAUCAUAAAA